CGGGGCCGGCGGGCAGGCGGCAGGGGUACACUGAUGGCUGCCCUGGGGGACGUCGUCCUGGAUGGUUACCUGUACCCGGCGUGCGCCCUCUAUUCGUACCGGUGCCUCUACCCGGCCGCCGCCGCCACCAAGGGAAAAAGCGGGGCGGACGAGGGUGGCUGGCGACCCCGGGGCGGGGGCUACCCUCCCGUUUCCUCCUCCUCUGACGGCGCGGCCUCGUCGUCGUUCCCGGGCCACGGGCAGCUGGCGGCCGCCGAGUACGUCCACAGCUACCAGCGCGCGCAGCUCAUGGCCCUGCUGUCGCAGGUGGGCCCCCGCCCGGCCAGCACUCGGGACGCGGCGGUGCAGGUGAACCCGUUCCGCGACGUAUCGGUGCAGUGCUCGCUGGGGCGGCGGACGCUGGGGCACAGGGCCCGCGAGUCCGGCCCGAGUCCAGAUCCCGAGGGUGCGGCGGACGCGGGCGGCAGCUGCCCGGCCUCCCCGCAGCGCGCCCGCCGGGGCCCGGAGCAGGACAGCCCGCCGAGCCGCGCCCCGCGGCGCGUGCGUUUCCUGCGCACCCUGGCUGUGUACUCGCCCGUGACCUCCCGCUGCCUAGCCACCCUCCUGGAGGGGGCCGAGGCCGCGGCGGGCCAGCAGAGGCCCGGGGAGCCGGAGUCUGAGCGAGGGCCGCCAACUGCGAGGCCCCGAGGCCCCGAGGAGGGAGACGGGUCGGCGAGGAAGGUGUCCCUGCGGCUGCAGCCUGAGGAGGACGAGGCCCAGGCCGCAGUACCGGCAAGCCGCGAGCAGCCCUUGCCCGUUGCCAGGGUCCCGGACGCCGCUGGCGAGAGAUCGUCGCCCCGGAGCCCCCAGCCGAGCAAGGAGCGCCUGCGCUUCCAGUUCUUAGAGCAGAAGUACGGCUACUAUCACUGCAAGGACUGCAAUAUCCGCUGGGAAAGUGCCUAUGUGUGGUGUGUACAAGGCACUAACAAGUUUUUCCUUUGUCCCAUCAGGUUUACUACAAGCAGUUUUGCCGAACAUGCCAGAAGUCUUAUAACCCUUACCGAGUGGAGGAUAUCACCUGCCAAAAUUGUAAACAGACUAGAUGCUCCUGCCCAGUGAAACUUCGCCACGUGGACCCCAAAAGGCCCCACCGUCAAGAUUUGUGUGGGAGAUGCAAAGGCAAACGCCUAUCCUGCGACAGCACUUUCAGUUUCAAAUAUAUCAUUUAAGUGAAUGUAGGGGGAAAAAAACCCAAGAAAACUGAGGUCCCACUGUGAAUGUGUGCUGCUGGAGCAGACAAGCGAGCUGAGCUUUUCCCCCCGCCAUGUCCCUCCUCCUCUUCUGCCGCUCCCUCGAAAUACUUCGUGAAAGGCUGUUGUUUGGCAAAACUGUAAAAUAAAAGCAUUGCAAAACAGUUGA